AGCUACGUAUAGUAAGAUUGGGAUGAUGGAUAGUAAGCUACGUAUAGUAAGAUUGGGAUGAUGGAUAGUAAACUACGUAUAGUAAGAUUGGGAUGAUGGAUAGUAAGCUACGUAUAGUAAGAUUGGGAUGGAUAGUAAGCUACGUAUAGUAAGAUUGGGAUGGAUAGUAAGCUACGUAUAGUAAGAUUGGGAUGAUGGAUAGUGAGCUACGUAUAGUAAGAUUGGGAUGAUGGAUAGUGAGCUACGUAUAGUAAGAUUGGGAUGGAUAGUAAGCUGAAAUUCACAGAACUUGAUUUGUUUAAGUUGAAGUCGCUCUUGGUUCAGCCAGCAGGAGGUAACAUAUGGCAGUCAGACAGGCUUAUUGUUGCUCUCCUAUUGCUCUGGCUGUUUCAGCGCAACUCAGAAAUCAGCCAGUGCUGAGGAUUGUCCGUAUGAGUUCAUCUGGGCUCUCUAGCAAACACACGCUGAGCGGCAGGCAGCUGAUUGAGACAGGACUCCUCUCCCUCCCUAAAUGUUCCAUCAACACCCUCACUCCUCCUCCCAGCCAUACUCUACAUGUCCAUUUUCCAUUUAGUAAAUGCUUUCUGAUGCAUUUUCAUAAAAAAGCAGUAGUUAGAACACAGCAAUGAAUUACAUUUCAAUUUGUUUGACUUCAUUUCCAGGUUGCUGCAUUAGGCUCAGUAAAAUGCCCAUCUCUAACAUUCUUGUCCCUUCUCUCUUUAUUCUUAUUAGGUUUCAGAGAACAAGGCGAGGGAAUUACAUUAGUGUAUCUUAAGUUAAAAGCUCUUUGCUCUUUGACCAAGUGUUUCAGUGUUAUUGGGUUAAUCUGAUUUUUGCUGUCUUCAUGGAGAUGCUAUCGCAGGGUAUAGGUAGUGGCGGGUAACCAAAGCAGUCCUGCACAGACACCAUCCAGAUGGGAUCAGCUUACGGUAAUUUGGUUUCAGAAUACAUUACCAGAAGAGGCUCCUGGCCGAGAACGGCCACCCCGCUAAGAGCUAGGAGUCUGUGGUCGCUGUGGCCACUGCAGACAGCCAGCUCCAGCCGGCCCAGGGCUUCGUUGUCCAAUUCAUUAGGGCGAUUACUCAGUCCACUGGCCACACUGGAGCCCUCACAUUUCUGGCUGCUGAAUAGAAUGGCUGUUGAUGACCGGCACCUUCCCUCCAGCUGCGGGUCCUACAUCAAGACGGAGCCGUCCAGCCCCUCCUCAGUCAUCGACACGGUCAGCCACCACAGCCCAAGCGGCAACUCGGACGCCAGCGGCGGCUAUGUCAGCGCCAUGAACAGCCACUCCAAUGGCCUGGACUCUCCGCCCAUGUUUACGCCCGGCGGGCUGGGCGCCGGCCCCUGCCGCAAGCGCUACGACGACUGCUCCAGCACCAUCAUGGAGGACUCACCCAUUAAGUGCGAAUACAUGUUGAACUCCAUCCCCAAGAGGCUGUGCCUGGUCUGUGGAGAUAUAGCCUCUGGGUAUCACUAUGGCGUGGCCUCUUGUGAGGCCUGCAAAGCCUUCUUUAAAAGGACAAUACAAGGAGAGAAAAAAGGCAACAUAGAAUACAGCUGUCCCGCCACAAACGAGUGUGAGAUCACAAAACGGAGACGCAAGUCAUGUCAAGCCUGCCGCUUUAUGAAGUGUCUCAAAGUGGGGAUGCUCAAGGAAGGUGUGCGUCUGGACCGUGUGCGAGGGGGAAGACAGAAGUACAAGAGGAGGAUGGAUGCAGAGAACACAACGUACCUGGGCCUCACACUCCCCCCUCCUGCCAAAAAACCCCUCACAAAGAUAGUGUCCCACCUGCUGGUGGCCGAGCCAGAGAAGAUCUACGCCAUGCCUGACCCCACCAUGCCUGAGAGUGACAUCAAGGCCCUCACCACGCUGUGUGACCUGGCUGACCGGGAGCUGGUGGUCAUCAUUGGCUGGGCCAAGCAUAUCCCAGGCUUCUCCACGCUGUCGCUGGGAGACCAGAUGAGUCUACUGCAGAGCGCCUGGAUGGAGAUCCUGAUCCUGAGCAUCGUGUUCCGCUCGCUGCCCUACGAGGAUGAGCUGGUGUAUGCAGAGGACUACAUCAUGGACGAAGAACACUCGCGGCUCACUGGCCUGCUCGACCUCUACGUGUCCAUCCUGCAGCUCGUACGCAAGUACAAGAAGCUGAAGGUGGAGAAGGAGGAGUUUGUCACCCUCAAGGCCAUCGCUCUCGCCAACUCAGACUCCAUGCAUAUAGAGGAUGUGGAGGCGGUGCAGAAGCUCCAGGAUGCGCUCCACGAGGCCCUGCAGGACUAUGAGAGCAGCCAGCACCAGGAGGACCCCCGGCGGGCAGGCAAGCUGCUCAUGACCCUGCCCCUGCUGCGUCAGACUGCCACCAAGGCCGUGCAGCACUUUUACAGCAUCAAGGUUCAGGGCAAGGUGCCCAUGCACAAACUCUUCCUGGAGAUGCUGGAGGCCAAGGUCUGAUGGAGGAGCAGGUGAUGCAGACAGAAGGACAUGGAGAGAGGGGACUCAGGACAGGAGAGGAACACCCUGCUGACUGUGACAGGAGACUGACUGACCUGUGACUGUGACUGACCUCUCUCGCACUUUGCCCCCUCGAACCCAAGACAUUUAAAAAAUAAAACAAAUAAAAAUAAAGAAGAACAAAUGCAAAACUUGGUUAAAAGUAUAAAUGUAAAAUGAUGCAGAUUAAUUUAAAAUAUAUUAGAAAUACUAUGUACAGUAAUAAUUUUGUUUUGUUUAUGGUCUGUGGUCAUACUGUAUGUGAAGGAUCUCCCCUCUCUAUAUCUUCAGAAGGAAUAAUUGCAGGCUCUUAAUUAACAUGGUUUUAUUUCUAGUCAGAAUAUACAGUUGAGUCAACCACUAUGACUCACUUGUUAGACAGUUGUUUCACCUCCUGGACUUGACCAGGACAUGUAUAUAUUUAUUAAUAAUGAUUGACUGAGUGUACAGUUAUGUCUGGUGAAGCCGACGGCCAUUUUUCUCUCUUUCUCCUUCUUUGGAAAAAAAAUGAAAAGAAAGAAAGAACAGAAAGUGUUACCUAAAUGUGAGCUCUACUGAUCUAAAUGUCCUUGAAUAUACCUCUUGAGAGCAGUGAGCUGUGUGAUGUGGAUUGGUCUCAGACAGGAAGAAGAUAAACUGGUCACAUGACAUGUUUAACUAAACUAGCGUAGCCAGAUAGUCAGUCGUCUUAUUCUGUAGUAACUCAGCAAUAAAGGGAGCCGUGCCGUGGACAAGUCAUGUUAAACCUCCUAUAUCAUCUGCUUCACUACGCUGCUGUCUGUCUGUCUGUCUGUCUGUCUGUCUGUCUGUCUGUCUGUCUGUCUGUCUGUCUGUCUGUCUGUCUGUCUGUCUGUCUGUCUGUCUGUCUGUCUGUCUGUCUGUCU